UUUACAGGAAAUACGAGGACCAGGAAGUAGAAAAAGUUUUCGACAUUUGUUGUGUCGCCAAACUUACAAAUGUCCAAAAAGGAUUGAACUUGAAGGGGUUUUAAAGAGCGGUUGAGCCCCGUGCUGAAAGAAACUCAGGUGCGAACGCUGCCUGCGAAGUCCAAGGUGUAGGAGCAGCUGAGGAGGCCAUGAAUCGAGUUCCCCUGCAGCAGCCACAGAGCUGUGGGUCCUGGGAGCUGAAGGAGCGGCUGGGAACUGGAGGCUUUGGGAAUGUCACAAGAUGGCAAAAUAAGGACACAGAGGAGCAAAUCGCUAUAAAGCAGUGCCGUCAGGAGCUGAGCGAGAGAAGUAAGGAGAGAUGGUGUCUGGAGAUCCAGAUCAUGAAGAGGUUGGACCACGUUAACGUUGUUGCAGCCAGAGAGGUUCCUGAGGGUAUGCAGAGGAUGGUGGCCACCAAUGACCUGCCACUUCUGGCCAUGGAAUACUGCCAGGGAGGAGAUCUGAGAAAGUAUCUGAACCUCUUCGAGAACUGCUGUGGAAUGAGGGAGGGCUCGGUUUUGAUUCUGCUACGAGACAUUUCUUUGGCUCUGACCUACCUCCAUAAGAAGAGGAUCAUCCACAGAGAUCUGAAGCCAGAAAACAUUGUGUUGCAGCAGGGAGAGAAGAGGUUGAUCCACAAAAUUAUAGAUCUUGGCUAUGCCAAAGAGCUGGACCAGAGCAGCCUUUGCACAUCAUUUGUGGGAACACUGCAGUACUUGGCUCCAGAGCUCAUUGAGAGGCAGAAGUACACAGUCACUGUGGACUACUGGAGCUUUGGGACUCUGGUGGUUGAGUGUAUUAUUGGAUAUCGCCCUUUCCUACCGACCUGGCAGCCCGUUCCCUGGCACAAUAAACUGAUGCACAAACAGAACGAUGAUAUUGUCGUCUAUGAGGACCUCUCCGGUGAAGUCCGUUUCUCCAAACAUCUGCCGCAGCCCAACCACCUCAACAGUCUGUUAUUGGAGAAGAUGGAGAGAUGGCUGCAGCUGAUGUUAAAGUGGUCUCCUAAGGAGAGAGGCAAAAACCACAAAGCUAAGCCCAGCGACUGCUUCUCCCAGCUGGAGAUCAUACUACAGCUCAAGCUGGUCCAUGUCCUGAACAUGAUGUCCGCCAAGAUCCUGUCAUACUCGGUCUCUGACGACGAGACUGUGGCCGACCUGCAGCUGAGAAUAGAAAAAGACACUGACAUCCCUGCGGCCAACCAGGAGCUGCUUCUGGAGGCGGGAUUAGCCUUGGAGCCCAAUGGACUGGCCACACAGUGUGCCAUAGAUUACACGGAACUGGAUGGGCGACGGACAGACUCGCCCCUGGUCUUCCUGUUUGAUCGCUCUUCUUGCAGUUAUGAGCCCCAGUUCACUCCUCGAACUCUACCAGAAAACAUCCGCUUUGUCCAAGCCGAUCCUUGUCACCUUCUGGCCUACAGCCCUCUGAGGAGGACUUGCAGCCAGGCAUGGCACACCAUCCGCUCCCUGAAGGAAGACUGGCAACGACUGCAGCAGGGGCAGAAAGCUGCCAUCAUGAGCCUGCUGAGACACAACUCGUCACUGUCCAAACAGAAGAAUGAGAUGGUGUCCAUGCACCAGAGGCUCAUGGCCAAGCUGGACUUCUUCACCACCAGCCUUCACAUAGACAUGGACAAAUACCAGGAGCAGACAGCCACCGGGAUCGCGUCAGAGAAACUCCUCUGUGUGUGGAGGGAGAUGGAGGAAACUGCUGUCGGCUGUGGUCAGGCCAGGGUGAGCGAACUGGAGGAAGAAAUGAUGCAGCUGCAGCCAGACAUAGUGGAUGUGCAGAGGCAGCCGUGGCGGAGUGGAGAGGCCCUGGACACACUGGAAGGAAAGGCCAUGGAGCUAGUCCGCAAACUCAGAGAGAAACCCAGAGACCAGAGGUGUCCUGGAAACGGACAGGAGUUGGUGCACCUGGUGGUUCAGGCUGUGCAGUUCUACGAGAAGAAACUGAGAGACUUCUACACACACCUCAGUAAGACAGCAGUGUGUCGUCAGCGCGUGAUGGAGCUGCUGCCGAAGGUGGAGGGCGUGGUCCAGAAGAUGGCCGAGAGCGAGCAAGUCCUGAUGAGUCUGCAGGAGAAACGGCAGAGGGAGCUGUGGAACCUGCUCAAAGUUGCCUGUAGUAAAGUUCGCAGCCCAGUGAGUGGGAGUCCUGAUGGAUUACGAACCCCCUCAUCAGUGCCGCCUCUUUUGACCCCCAGACAAAGUUUACAGCAGCUUGAUGAGUCUCUCGUGGAGCAGAGCAGGACAUUCGAGAGUCGACUCCAGAGUUUGCUGCACGACACCAUCCAGGAAUCAGAAAACAGUAUGGAGAUGUUGAGGGAGUGGACGUGGCUGCACAGAGGCCAGAGUUUCUCCAGUGACCUCUCCUGAAUUCGGCUUCAUUCAUUGGUUACAUGUGGUACAGUACUGCCUCUGUGUGGAUGGGAUGUUGCACUACAUGGUGAUGUAGUAGCGGCUGAUAUGUCAAUGUGAACGGAGUCAUAUAACAGCUGCUUGCACAUGUUUGCUUAAUGGGAUUUAGGGAGUAGGUAAAUCUAUUCACUUCCAAUAAUCAGAGCAUUGAAGCCAGACCUUACUGGCAUAAUGAUUUAUAUUAGAGAAACGUAUGAGAGAAUUAUUAUUUAUUUAGCUAUUGUUAAGUUUGAAAAGAAACAUUUACUAGGUUGGGGUAAAAUUGCACCUCUAACUAUUCCACUGAAUUUGUCAGAUGAUCUUACAGAAGUGAAUUUAAGAUGUUAGAAUUUUCACACUGUAUUGGGAGAGGCUUGUAUCUGGGUUACAAUUUUUAUCCUAUACAUGUGAGAAUACAUGGAUUCAUGAAUGUGUUACAGAUUUGUAACAGGUAAUAUUUGAGUCAUAGUUUAGAAAAGAUUUUUAGUUACAUUUGAUUCACUAUGUUUGGUGGACUUCUUUAUUUGAAAAAUACAGAUUGUAUUUUAAGAUGUGUGCACAUUUAUCACAAUUUUUAAAAAAAAUGUUACGGUAAUAUUUUAAAGAACCACCGAAAUGUUUAUCAGAUUUUAUACGUGUUCCUUAAUGGACCAUUAUUUUUUUAUUGCAAAUCUAUUUUAGUAAGACAGAACAUCUUGUGAAUGAAUAUUAAUGUUGAUAUUUUUUUAUAAAUAUAAGUUACAUGGAGAUUGUACUAUUGUGCAUGGAUGACUGUACGAUAUGGUGCAGUCUAUUAUCCCUGCAAUAAUUUCAAGAGUUGCAAAACUAUGAUGUGAUGAUGAUUUGAAAAACUUCUUUGUUUUGCUGAAACAAUGGUAAUGCAAAAAAAAGUCAGAUUUGUUGUAGAAAAUAAAGAGAAAACAGUAAGUAAAUUAACUGCAUUUAAUCGCGGUAACUCACUUUACCUUUAUUAUAUUUUAAUCUGCAUAUUUUAGAUACCACUGCUACUGCAACACGUCUUACAGCUGCAUCGUGAUUUUUUUCGUACUUUGCUUGAAAGCCAAUUUCAAUCCUAACUAUUGGCUGUAGUUUAUACUGUAAAUAGAUCAUAGAAAAGUGACGGUGUUACAUUCUCAAGUAUCUGUAAUGUACUGAGGUCUGUUUCUGUACCUACUGUUACAAUUAUGUCUGACAUUUCUUUCAUUUAAUUUUUUUUAUCUUGAACACAGUGUUUACUUGUUCUGAAAGUGAUGUUUUCUUUUAUUAAUUUUCAUUUUUCUGGGAAUGAGGUACAAGUUUUAUUUCCUUUGCCCUUUCAUGUCUACCAAAAUAAUAAUAAUUAAAAAACAACAACACUCA